AUGCUUAAAAGCAGCUCUCGUCUUCUCUCCCUCUACCACUUUUCACCUCUAUCUCGUCUUGUAACCUCAUCUCCUCGAUUCUCUGCUCAAUACACUAUUUCACGCACCUACCAGGCCCGAUUUCACCGCCAAUCCGUCAACAUGUCUGGCAUGACUCCCAUUUUCGCAAAGGAUGCCUGCCCUCCUGCCGGCCCCUACUCCCAAGCCAUCCGUGCCAACGGCCAGCUCUUCGUCUCCGGCCAGAUCCCCGCUGACGCUACCGGCAACCUCGUCGAGGGCAACAUCGGCGAAAAGACACAGGUCUGCUGCAACAACAUCAAGGCCAUUCUGGACGCUGCCGGAUCCAGCGUCGACAAGGUCGUCAAGGUCAAUGUCUUCAUCACUGAUAUGGCCAACUUCGCCGAGAUGAACGCUACUUAUGAGAAGUUCUUCACACACAAGCCUGCUCGUAGCUGUGUUGCUGUUGCUCAACUGCCUAAGGGGGUGCCGGUCGAGAUUGAGUGCAUUGCUCUGGAGUAA